CUCCAACAAGCACUUUAACAUCAAAUUAUAUUUUUAAAAAAAUAAAAUAUUUAAGUGACUGACUGACUACUUAAUAAAUUAUUAAAAAAAAAAAAACGUGUAUCCAUGGAGGAAAGGGGAGGAAGAUUAGGGUUGUUUUAAAAGCAGCUUUUGGGUUUGGUGAGGGCUCAACUCUACUGAGCUAACUGAAAAGAAGAAAGAAUGGCAGGUAUUCAGCAUAGUAUUUCAACUUCAAUCUCUUCAUCAACUUCUACAUUCUUGGGUCACAACAAACUCCGUUUCAGGAAUCAAAAUGUGUCAAUGCCAGGCAAAAGCAGUGGUAUUGUCAGAUGUGUUGCAACACCCUCUACGGAGAAAACUUCUUACAAGACACAGGUCUCACGCAAUGAGAACUUAGCUAAACUUCAAGCUGGUUAUCUGUUUCCUGAGAUCGGAAGAAGGAGAUCUGCACACAUGUUGAAACACCCCGAUGCUAAAAUUAUAAGCCUUGGAAUUGGUGACACUACUGAGCCCAUUCCUGAAUUUAUAACUUCUGCCAUGGCACAGAGAGCACAUGAACUUUCAACAUUAAAGGGUUACAGUGGUUAUGGUGCUGAGCAAGGAGAAAAACAACUUAGAGCCUCCAUUGCUUCUACCUAUUAUGGAAAUGUUGGAUUAGAAGAAGAGGAGAUCUUCGUUUCUGAUGGUGCCAAAAGUGAUAUAUCUCGACUUCAGGUUCUUUUUGGGUCUAAUGUGACUAUUGCUGUGCAAGACCCAUCAUAUCCGGCUUAUGUGGAUUCAAGUGUUAUUAUGGGCCAAACUGGUCAGUUUCAGAAGGAUGUGGAGAAGUACGGAAAUAUUGCAUACAUGAGAUGUACUCCAGAAAACGGGUUCUUUCCUGAUUUAUCCAGUGUUCCACGGACAGACAUUAUAUUUUUCUGUUCACCUAAUAAUCCAACUGGUGCGGCGGCAUCAAGGGAGCAGCUGACUAAAUUGGUGCAAUUUGCUAAAGACAAUGGCUCAAUCAUUGUUUAUGAUUCUGCAUAUGCUAUGUAUAUAUGUGAUGACAGUCCGAAGUCCAUCUUUGAGAUUCCUGGAGCCAAAGAGGUUGCCAUUGAGGUUUCAUCAUUUUCGAAGUAUGCUGGGUUCACUGGCGUUCGUUUAGGGUGGACUGCAAUUCCCAAAGCACUCUUAUAUUCUGAUGGAUUUCCUGUAGCAAAAGACUUCAAUCGCAUUGUUUGUACAAGCUUCAAUGGUGCAUCCAACAUUGCUCAAGCUGGCGGUCUGGCUUGUCUUUCACCUAAUGGUUUCAAGGCGAUGAUGGACGUGGUUGGUUACUACAAAGAAAACACAGAAAUCAUAAUGGAUACAUUUAAGUCACUAGGUUACAAGGUGUAUGGAGGUAAAAAUGCACCCUACGUGUGGGUGCACUUCCCUGGACGAAGCUCAUGGGAAGUUUUCAGCGAGAUACUUGAGAAGACUCAUGUCGUUACUACUCCAGGCAGUGGCUUUGGACCCGGCGGUGAAGGUUUUGUCAGAGUAAGUGCUUUUGGGCACAGGGAGAACGUCGUAGAAGCUUGCAGAAGAUUCAAGGAAUUGUACAAGUGAAAUAUGUGCAGGUAGCAGCACUUCUUGCCUUAGAGGCUUCAUUGAGAUGAUGUUUCUUGAGUACUCAACAUUUUGAUCAUCCUGUAUGGAAUUUGUUGCUUUGGAAGAAUAAAAGUACAAACCACCCAAAGCAUAAAUUCCUCUGUCAACUCUCUUCAUGAUAGCUUUUGGAUAAAUUCUUCGGGGUUUGACAUGAAAACCCACCAAAAGCCAAAGUUAAUUAUAUUAGCAAUGACAAAUCAGUUUGAAUAA